UCACGUGGUGCGGGCAGCGGGCGGCGCGCGCGGGUGCGACGUCAACGCAAUCCGCUGAGCUUCCCCGACCCGUCUACCGCGGCCCGGCCGCCGCUGAGUCCUUCGAGGGCCCGGGUCAGGCGGUUUGCUGGUUGCCUUCGCGGUCGCCAUGGACAACUCCGGGAAGGAGGCGGAGGCGAUGGCGCUGCUGGCCGAGGCGGAGCGCAAAGUGAAGAACUCGCAGUCCUUCUUCUCGGGCCUCUUUGGAGGCUCAUCCAAAAUAGAGGAAGCAUGCGAAAUCUAUGCCAGAGCAGCGAACAUGUUCAAAAUGGCCAAAAACUGGAGUGCUGCCGGAAAUGCUUUCUGCCAGGCAGCCCAGCUGCACCUGCAGCUCCAGAGCAAGCACGAUGCAGCCACCUGCUUUGUGGAUGCCGGCAACGCCUUCAAGAAAGCCGACCCCCAAGAGGCCAUUAACUGUUUGAUGAGAGCAAUCGAGAUCUACACAGACAUGGGCCGAUUCACCAUCGCGGCCAAGCACCACAUCUCCAUCGCUGAGAUCUAUGAGACGGAGCUGGUGGACAUCGAGAAGGCCAUCGCCCACUAUGAGCAGUCUGCAGACUACUACAAAGGCGAGGAGUCCAACAGCUCAGCCAACAAGUGUUUGCUGAAGGUGGCUGGCUAUGCGGCACAGCUGGAGCAGUAUCAGAAGGCCAUUGACAUCUAUGAGCAGGUGGGAACCAAUGCCAUGGACAGCCCCCUCCUCAAGUACAGCGCUAAGGACUACUUCUUUAAGGCAGCCCUCUGCCACUUCUGCAUCGAUAUGCUCAAUGCAAAGCUGGCUGUGCAGAAGUAUGAGGAGCUGUUCCCUGCCUUCUCGGAUUCCCGGGAGUGCAAGCUGAUGAAAAAAUUGUUAGAAGCCCAUGAGGAGCAGAAUGUGGACAGCUUCACUGAGGCGGUAAAGGAGUACGACUCUAUCUCGCGGCUGGACCAGUGGCUCACCACCAUGCUGCUGCGGGUCAAGAAGACUGUCCAGGGUGAAGAGGAGGACCUGCGCUAAGCCCUGCUCUUGGUUUUCCUGCCCAUCUGCCCUCCCCUGGCAGGCCCCUCCAGCGAGGAUCUCAGGCGGAAGCCGGGGCAAGGUGGGGGCCUGAGACCUUGGCUGUGAGCCCUUCCUUCCUUCCCACCUGAGGAGGCUCAGGAGCCACCGUGUGGGCUCAUCUUGGCUUCGGGGACACCCUAGGCCAGGGCCUGCUGGCCAGUCACCUCUGUUCUUGCUAUGUCCCUCACCCCCACCCAUUUAUUUAAGCUCCCAGAGGUGCCCUUCCCCACCCAAAGAACAGAAUCCUUGACACAGACAUACCUGCUGUGGGUGCUGUCGGGGUCUGGGUCAGCUUCUGGCCCCCAUCUCCCGACCAGCUGAGUCUUGAACUGGAUUCUCUCCCCCACUCUUGUCUCCCAGCCCAGCUCUGAGCACAUGUAGCCACUGAGAUUUGCUCUCACCACUGGGGGUGGCCUCCUUCCCCCCAGCCUCCCGCAGCCCCAACCUCUCAGGAUAGACCCCAGACCCUGGAGCUCCAAGGGUGGUUCUGCACCCGCCCAUAUCACCUUCCCCAGUGCUUUGAGGUUUGUCAGUCAGAAGCUGCAGCUGGCCCAAGAAAGAAAAUUAAAAAACAAAACAAAACACUUUUGCAUGAGUCUCUUCCUCUUUGCCUCUGCUCCC